CAAUUAAGACAAUUAAUAGUCUUCCACCAGUUGCUUUAAAGAGGUGUUCCAAAGUUUUAAACUGUUACGGAAGUAUAUUAAAAAAAUUAAUCCUUCAAUUUCCUUUAAAUUCUGCCGGUGAAUUAUAAAUAUUCAUUAUUUUCUCAACGGCAUUCUGGGAACAAAAGAAAAUAUUUAUGCUAUUUAAGGCCAAGUUUGAAGAUUUCUUGCAUUCUUUAUAGAACAGUUUACCUUCUACCCAAAGAUACUUGCUAUAUUCGUGUACUGUGAGUUGUUGGCGUGGACAAAAUGAAGUUAAUAAUUGUGAGCUGUCUGGUCAUACUUGGCCUGGUGUUGAUGGAGGACGCAUGUUGCUGUGAUGGCGAAUCCGGGGAAAGCAAGCGAGAUGUUGAAGCUGUACGCGAAGAGCAAGAUUUAGAGGAACGAGCUCCGCACGCCAUCCGACCUCCUCACAAACGAGCUCCGCACGCCAUCCGACCUCCUCACAAACGAGCUCCGCACGCCAUCCGACCUCCUCACAAACGAGCUCCUCCUCACAAACGAGCUCCUCCUCACAAACGAGAACAGACAGAUGGGUAAUUCUCUGACAAGAGCGAGUAGAUACGAAGAGGAUGUUGAUACACAGCUGGUGCUGCUUUGACGGCGUCGCUUCAUCAGUAUCAACACCUUGAAAUUCGGGACUUGGUUUAUAAUCAGGUGGAGGGUUUUCAUUUUAAUUUAGGCAUGUGUUUACUCUCCUAAAUUUUGAAAUUUGAGACUGUUGGGUGGCGAAUCUGGUCUGGACAAGAACUGAAUUGUAUUUGUUCACUUGACGCUUCAUUCUCUUAAGUAUUUUUGAGAUUUGAAGUUAUAUUUCUCAACGCCUUGGGAACGCACAUCAAGUAUGAACAAUAAUAUCAACGCAAAUUAGCGGAAAGAUAAUUGAAUAUAGAUUGUAAUUUUAUCACUGAAACUUUUAUCGUGUGAUGUCAUUAGCACAUUUAUUUCAAUAAGGCCGCAAUAUAAUUGGUGAGAUAUAACAACCCAAAUAAGAACUUCUGUUGUAGGGACAGAAAAAAAAACACGAGUUAAGUGAUAGAGUGAUGGUCGAUGUGGUUUUAGGACAGAAUUUGACAUCCAAAUAUGCAAAUUAUUUAGCCGUAUUGAGUUAAAUUUGUAAACAUGUUACAAUCCAACGUUUUUCCAAGUUUCUGUUUCUUGUUUAUUUAACUUCCAUUAAAUAUUUACUCCGAGUCUCGAAAAACCACUGGAUGUGCUUGAGUUGAU